GUAUUUUAGCGUUUACGCAGAAACGGUCACUCUAAUUAUCUGAUUCUCAGUCAAGCCAAAACAGUUAAAUUUUUCUUCUUUAAAACCUUGAUAAUAUCAGCCUCGCAUUGAAGGGAUUGUAAAGUGCGUUUGUUCCGUAAUACUUGUCCGUCUGUAUACGGUGUAUUGUGGCCCCACAGUUGACCCAACUGAUCCGAACUCUUUGGCGAAGUCACCAGCGGGUGCUUCUGCAGCAACAACUAGUGCGCAGUGCGGCGAACGGCAGCCAACCGGCGGAAAAGCGUAAUUUAAUUCGGAGCACCCCAAGCUCGUUCAGUUUAGCAGCGGCAGACCCGGCUAAUUGUGAUCACAGCAUGAGCGGCAGAUACCGUGGUGGUGCUGGAGGCCGGUAUGGUGGUGGUGGCGGCGGCGGAGGAGGAGGAGGUGGCGGUGGUGGUGGAGGAGGUGGUGGCUACGGCGGUGGUGGUGGCGGUGGCGGCUACAAUGACUUCGACAACUUUCGUGGUGGUGGUGGGCCGCCGCCAUUUAACGACAACUUUGGUCCCGGCCCUGGACCAAAUCCGUUCAACAUGAGCGGUCCCAAUAUCUCGGGCAAUGACUUGAUGCAGUUGAUGAGCGCCAUGGCGAGCAACUUCAACAUGAACUCGCAGCCCCAGCAGCCGCUGCGUCUGAGUUGCGGCGAGCUGCGUAACCAUCAUUGCGGUCUCUUUGUGGAGCUGACCGGCAGGCUGAUCAAGAAGCGAGUGAAUCGCUUUGCCGAGCUCCGGGAUCGCAACGGCGGCGCCUGCCAACUGGUCGUGCUGGAGGACAAGCAUCCACGUGUGGCCCGACGCAUGAACAACAUGCCGGAGAACACGAAUCUGACCAUUGUCGGUCAGGUGAUGCGUCGUCCGCACAACUCGUGCAAUCAGACCAUGCCCACUGGUGAGAUUGAGGUGGAAGUUCAGGAUAUUCUGAACAUUCAUUUCCCGACCACCGGCACCAAGCGGGCGGGUGACAAGCGCACUUACAGCACCAUGGCGCAGCAGCAGAACCAUCAUGGAAUCACCAGUACCGAGUACAAGUUAGCCAAGAAUGAGAACAUCUUGAAGUACUUCGAGAACCGCGACAUAACGUGCAAUGAUUUGAGGCGGGAUGAUGUGGGCAAGACUGUGACUCUAGUGGGCUGGAUUCCCUCUUCGAAGAAUAACAAGUUCUUGCAGCUCAAGGACGGCUAUGGACAGACGCAGCUUAUGAUUGAGGACAAGUCGCUAAUGGACACUUUUAUGUCCACUCCGGAGCAAACCUUGCUCCAAAUCACCGGUAAAGUGCUUAGCCGGCCUAAAGCCAAUGUUAAUCUGAAAUACGACACUGGUGAAAUAGAGGUUAGUGUGACGAACGUUAAGAUUAUCAACCCCGACGAUCCCUACGAUGGCCCGAUCAAGGCCAAGGAGAAGCAGCAGAAGCUUUCGAUUAAUGAUCUUGAGGCGGAGGACAGCACCUCUGCCUCCGAAAAUGUUACCACCAACAAUGGCAACACCAAGGAGGAUGGCAAUGACGUUGAAGCCGAGCAUCGCGGCAAGGUGGCGGACAUCAACAAGUUCGCCGAUAGGACUCACCACUGCGGAGAACUGACUUCCAGUGAAAUUAACGAUAAGGUGGUGAUCUGCGGCUGGUUGGAGUUCCAGCGGAUGAACAAGUUCUUCAUCCUGCGCGACGCCUACGGGCAGACUCAGGUACUAUUGUCGGCGAAAACGAAAGGACUGGAGGACUAUGCCGAGACGGGUGUCCCGAUCGAGUCGAUUGUGCGAGUGGAGGGUAUAGUGAUACCCCGGCCGGCUGCCACCAUCAAUCCCAAGAUGCAAACCGGACACGUUGAGGUGGACGCCGACAAGGUGACAAUCUUGAAUCCGGCUAAGAAGAAUCUUCCGUUCGAGAUUCGCAAGUUCAAUCGGGCUGGCGAGCGCUUGAGGCUGACUCAUCGCUAUCUGGAUCUCCGCUUUAACGACAUGCAGCACAAUCUCCGUCUGCGCUCGACGGUCAUCAUGAAAAUGCGCGAGUAUUUGAUAAACUACUUGGGCUUUGUGGAGGUGGAGACGCCAACGCUGUUCAGACGCACACCGGGCGGUGCUCAGGAGUUUGUGGUGCCCACCAGGAAAGCGGGACACUUCUAUUCGCUUGUCCAGAGCCCGCAGCAGUUCAAGCAGAUGCUGAUGUCUGGGGGCAUCGAUAGAUACUUCCAGGUGGCUCGCUGCUACCGCGAUGAAGCUACGCGUCCCGACCGUCAGCCGGAGUUCACUCAGUUGGAUGUCGAGUUGUCGUUCACCAAUCGGGAUGACAUCAUGCAGCUGAUCGAGGAGGUUCUUCGCUACUCCUGGCCCAAGGACCUGCCCCGUUUGCAGACCCCCUUCCGUCGUAUCACCUACGAGGAGGCAAUGGAGAAGUACGGCGUCGACAAACCGGACACCCGUUUCGGUUUCCUUCUCAACAACAUUACUGAGAUAAUCGAGAAGUGCGAUGAGUAUAAGACCAAGUUCGAGGAUCUCGGAGCCUACGCCAUCGUGGUGCGAGGUACUGAGGCCUUUUGGAACGGAUCCGCUCGGAAGCACUACGAGAGCUUGGGCAAGACCUUCAAGGGAACUCUGUUUGUGCGCAAGAUUGUCUCGACCAAGGAUGUCCAGGAGAAGCUGGGAAAGUUCUUGGGCGAAGACGUGGCCAAGGAGGUCACUGAAAAAUUCGAUCUCGAAGAGAACGAUCUUCUCUUCUUAGGAAUUGGGCCCAAAGUAGAGACUCGCACCUUGUUGGGUCGCAUUCGUCUGGACUAUCGCGACUUUUUGUUGGAAAACGGCAGGGCCAAGAGGCACAACGACUUCCGCUUCUUGUGGAUUAUCGAUUUCCCGCUGUUUGAGCGUAAUCCGGAGACCAAGCAGCUGGAGAGUGUCCAUCAUCCGUUCACUCUGCCGCAUGCCGAUGACUUGGACAACUUUGCAACCAGUUGCGAAAAUAUGGAGAACAUUCGCUCUCAGGCCUACGACUUGGUUCUGAACGGCCAGGAAGUCGGAGGCGGCUCGAUCCGCAUCCACGAUCGCGAUAUGCAGCACUUCAUAUUGGAGCAGAUUCUCAAGAUCCCCCACGAUCACCUGUCGCAUCUGCUGAGCGCUUUGGAGUCGGGCUGUCCGCCUCACGGUGGAAUCGCCUUGGGAUUGGAUCGUUUGAUUGCCAUUUUGUGCCGUGCGCGAUCCAUUCGCGAUGUUAUUGCAUUCCCCAAGUCGCUUAACGGCCGUGAUCCUCUCUCCAACGCCCCAGUGCCCAUUUCGGAUGAGGAGAUGAAGUUGUACCACCUUGCCCUGGCAGAGGAAGAGGAGGAGGAAGCCAACAAUACUUCACACGAACAGGAGGAUGAUGAUCCUGAUCAGGAGCGUGCCCCGCCGUCGCCGAUGUCGGGCACCAGCGACACGGAGCAGCCCGAGAUGGACGUGGAUGUGAAGGCGGAGGGCAAGGCGGCUACCGACGAGGAAGUCACCCCAGCCGAGCCUGCUCCCGUUGCGGCAGCCACGCCAGCACGGGCCGCCAAGAGAAUCCCCAAGAAGAAGGUUUAGGCAUUGGGUCUUCACUAAACAAUAUUACGGAUUAGCAUUUUUGGUUUAAGCUCAGUAGUCAGGGCAGUAGGAUGGGGCACGGAUCGAUUUCAACGAAUCGUUAUACAAAUAAUUGUAUACCAGAAUAUCCGAGAAUAAUGUACCCACCACCCGGAAUUUAAGGUCAGCAAAUAUAGCACAUCUCGAUCCGGUUGCCGAAAUUUUACAGGCCCGAUUAUAUUCAGUAUGGAAUCAAUUUAAUACCACGUACCAUAACAUAAAUCAACAAACAAGCUAUUAUAUUCGUAAUUGCCUAGUUUAUUCAUAUACACAUUGAAACUCAUCAUUUUAAUCGAUAAUUCAUCCAGCGACAUUGAAAGCCAAUGAUUGUUCAAAUAAUUUACAUUUAUUGAAGCAAUUGAAUUUUAUUAAAGACCGAUUAUUUAACGAUUAUGAUUACACUUAUAACGAUUGGCCCAAUAAAAUCUAUUUUUACGAGA